AGGGUUGAUGUCUAAUUAGAGUCCUCCUUCCCAAUUAAAAUAAAUAAAAUAAUAAUUGCAUGUUCAUAUGAUUCCGUAAGAGAAAGAUUGGACCCAAGUCCAGCUAUCAAAUUGCACUGUUGACAUAACACAAUUUUGCCCCACGACCAUCCAAUGGACCAAACCUAGCCAGAAUGGCUCAAUUUCCAACGAGCCCAAAGCAACCCCGGCUCAACCGGGCUAACUUUGUCGGCCCAAUGGCUACCUAAGUCAUAAUCACCAACAACUUACCAAAAAAUUAAAAAUUUAAAAAAGAAAAAAAAAAUAAUAAUAAAAAAAAAAAACAGAGAAAGAUUUUGAUUGUGAUUUUUGGCAGGAGAUUCAUCAGAUCCAUCUUCUCCUCCUCAACUGCUGAGAAUCAGAUCGUUGUCUUCUUCAUCUUCUUCACUGAAACUAUGCUCUCAAUUUCUUCCUUCGAACCCUAAUUUUCUUUCUCCUCCAUUAAUUUUUUCAUCUCUUUCGACGAUCCAAAAUGUAUAUGGCUUAUGGAUGGCCGCAUGUAAUGCCAAUUGAAUCAGGAAUUUCUGAUUCUUCUCAACGAAUUAUUUAUCUUAAAGUUAUCAAUCGAUUGUUGCUCGUUGUCGCUCCUUCUCAUCUCGAACUCUGGAGUUCUUCUCAGCAUAAAGUGAGAUUAGGGAAGUAUAAAAGGGAUUCAAGCUCAAUCCAGAGAGAAGGUGAGAAUAUACAGGCAGUGUGGAGUCCAGAUGCAAAAUUGGUUGCUGUUCUUACUUCUUCUUUCUACCUUCACAUAUUUAAGGUGCAAUUUUCUGAUAAAAGAAUACAAUUUGGGGGAAAGCAGCCAUCAGCUCUGUUUCUUGCAAACAUUAAUCUUGUCCUAAAUGAGCAGGUCCCUUUUUCUGUCAAGGAUUUAACAGUGAGCAAUAUCGUAUGUGAUAAUAAGCAUUUGCUGAUUGGACUGUCUAAUGGUUCCUUGUAUAUUAUAUCAUGGAAAGGGGAGUUCUGUGGUGCUUCUAUUGUUGACUGCCGUAUUGGUGAGAGUGAUGAAAUCAUUAGGGCACCUAAUUGUUUUGAAAAUGGAUGUGCAACUGGAAGAAGUCCAGAAGUAAAUCAUAUAGACCCAACACUCUCUGGACCUUCUUCUAUAGUGGGGUUGGAGCUUUCAUUGCUAUUGAGGAUGCUAUUUGUUCUUUUCUCUGACGGGAAGCUUGUACAGUGUUCUGUAAGCAAGAGGGGCCUUAAGCAAUCUGACUCUAUAAAAACUGAAAAGAUACUUGGUUCAGGUGAUGCUGUAUGUGCUUCAGUAGCUUCUGAUCAGCAAAUUCUUGCAGUUGGUACUAGAAGAGGGGUUGUUGAGUUAUAUGACCUGGCUGGAUCUGGUUCACUAAUGCGUAGUGUUUCAUUGUAUGAUUGGGGGUAUUCUACUGAGGAUACUGGUCCUGUUAGUUGUAUCGCGUGGACACCUGAUAAUUCUGCGUUUGCAGUUGGAUGGAAGCUUAGAGGGCUUACAGUUUGGUCUGUCUCAGGUUGUCGUUUAAUGUCAACUAUCCGUCAAGUUGGUUUGAGCUCUAUCUCUUCCCCAGUAGCUAAGCCAAACCCCGAUCGGAAAUCUGAGCCCUUAAUGGCUGGUGCAGCAGCAAUACACUGGGAUGAAUAUGGAUACAGGCUGUAUGCGGUGGAGGAAAAGUCUUCAGAGAGAAUUCUUGCAUUCUCCUUUGGUAAAUGUUGUCUUAAUAGAGGAGUUUCAGGCUCAACCUCUGUUCGUCAAGUGAUCUAUGGUGAAGAUCGUGUUCUUCUUGUUCAGUCUGAGGAGACAGAUGAUCUUAAAAUGUUGCACCUUAACCUUCCAGUCUCGUACAUCUCACAGAAUUGGCCAGUUUUACAUGUGGCAGCUAGCUUUGAUGGAAUAUUCUUGGCAGUUGCUGGUCUUCAUGGGUUGAUAUUGUAUGACGUACGUCUGAAAAAAUGGCGGUUCUUUGGAGAUGUUACACAAGAACAGAAGAUCGAGUGCAAGGGUUUGUUGUGGCUGGGGAAAAUUGUUGUUGUCUGCAAUUAUGUCAGCUCAUCUAACACGUAUGAGCUGCUAUUUUAUCCUAGAUAUCAUCUUGAUCAAAGUUCACUAUUGUGUAAAAAAACGUUGCUGACAAAGCCAAUAGUCAUGGAUGUUUAUCAAGAUUAUAUACUGGUUGCCUAUCGCCCUUUUGAUGUCCACAUAUACCAUGUGAAAUUAUCUGGUGAACUGACCCCUAUAAAUAAUCCAAAUUUACAGCUUUCUACAGUACGUGAGCUCUCUAUCAUGACCGCAAAGAGCCCUCCGGCAUCUAUGCGCUUCAUACCAGAUCAAUUUUUUAAGGAUUAUACUUCAGUAAAGGAUUAUACUUCAGUAAAAUACAAGUCAUCACAAGAGCCUGUGAGAUGUUUGAUAUUGCGUGCAAAUGGGGAGAUGUCUCUUCUUGAUAUGGAUGAUGGGCAUGAAUUGGAGUUAACAGAUUCUGUUGAACUGUUUUGGGUUACAUGUGGCCAAUCAGAUGACAAAGAAAAUCUCAUUGAAGAGAUUACUUGGUUGGAUUAUGGUCAUCGAGGAAUGCAGGUCUGGUAUCCAUCUCCUGGUGUUGACCCUUUCAAACAGGAGGACUUCUUGCAGCUGGAUCCUGAUCUUGAGUUUGAUCGUGAAAUUUAUCCUCUGGGACUUCUUCCAAAUGCUGGAGUAGUGGUUGGUGUUUGCCAGAGAUUGUCAUUUUCUGCGUGUAUGGAGUUUCCAUGUUUCGAGCCAUCUCCCCAAGCACAAACUAUAUUGCAUUGUUUGCUGCGUCACCUCCUUCAGAGGGAUAAGAUCGAGGAAGCUUUAAAGCUGGCUCAAUUAUCAGCAGAAAAGUCCCAUUUCUCCCAUUGUCUUGAGUGGCUACUUUUUACAGUAUUUGAAGCUGAAAUUUCAAGGCAAAACAUAAAUAAAAACCAGAAGGCAGUCUCCAAUCAAAAGCCUGAAUCUCUUUUGGAGAAGACAUGUGACUUGAUCAGAAAUUUUCCUGAAUAUCACAAUGUUGUAGUGAGUGUUGCUAGGAAAACAGAUGGUCGACACUGGGCGGAUUUAUUUUCUGCAGCUGGUAGAUCAACAGAGUUGUUCGAGGAGUGCUUCCAGAGAAGAUGGUACCAAACUGCAGCUUGCUACGUUCUCGUCAUUGCCAAACUUGAAGGUCCUGCCGUCAGCCAGUACUGUGCUUUGCGCUUGUUACAGGCAACUCUUGAUGAUUCUUUGUAUGAACUUGCUGGGGAACUGGUGAGGUUUUUGCUGAGAUCUGGAAGAGAGUAUGAGCAGGCACCGACAGAAGAAGGGGUUUCACCUAGAUUUUUGGGUUUAUUUCUUUUCUCUUCAAAGAAGCAGCCUUUUGAUUCAAAGAGCUCACAUAAAGAACAAAGUGCGCAUGUCACUUCUGUUAGAAAUAUUUUGGAAAGCCAUGCUAGCUAUUUAAUGUCAGGGAAGGAGCUGUCAAAGCUUGUUGCAUUUGUGAAGGGCACUCAGUUUGAUGUGGUGGACUUCCUCCAACGAGAAAGAUAUGGAUGUGCUCAUUUAGAAAAUUUUGCUUCUGGUCUUGAACUCAUUGGGCAAAAGCUUCAUAUGGGUACACUCCAGAGUCGGUUGGAUGCAGAAUUCCUCUUGGCUCACAUGUGCUCUGUCAAAUUUAAAGAAUGGAUUGUUCUCCUUGCCACUCUGUUGAGAAGAUCCGAGGUACUCUUUGAUUUAUUUCGGCAUGAUGCGCGUCUUUGGAAAGCAUAUUGCAUCACUCUUCAGUCGCAACCAACAUUUGCUGAGUACCAUGAUUUGGUUGAAGAACUGGAGGAAAGGCUCUCAUCUGUUCCAAAUUUUCAGGAGAUUUGACGCCAAAUUUGUAAAGUCGUAAGCUUUCAUCCAACGUAGUUUCAUAGGCUUUGAGGGUGUUAUUAAUCCUUGUUGGUGUGGUACCUAGGCAAAGAGCCUUACUACCUUAAAUGACAUUUUCCACUUUAUAGGGUUACAUUUCUUUAUUAUGUGUAGGAGCAGCAAUAGUGUAUCAUUCAUUCUUUGGUUUUCCCCUGUAACAUUUUUGGUCGUUGCAGUUAUAGUAGAAUUAUAGCAUCCUCCGCGGUUGUACAUAGAAGCUAGAAGCUAGGAUGCAGCCAUGAAGACUGUGAUUGCUCCUGGCAGUUGACAAGCCUGGAUCAAUAUAUAUCGUUUGUUUACCUCUGUUUUUGUAUUUAUUGAUAGAGUAUGGAUGUUCCUAAUAAGAUUUAUAGGCUCCAUAUUCUAUCACUUUUGCCAUGUAUAAAAUAUAAUCUUCAGUUAAAUUUCACCUUGUUUUAGAGGUGAGACGCUAAAAAAUUCAUUCUCUUACGAUA